AUGCCUUCUAGCAUGAUGGAUUUUGAGGACGAGAGAAUGUCGAAUGACUACCACGCUAUUGACCAGGCUCCCUUGAGUCGAUUCGACAGCCUUUUCGAACACCCAAUUUCUCCUAUCAAUAGCAACUCAUAUUUGCUAUGCCUCGAACUGGGCCAAACGGCUUUCACCAUGGGCUUCGUGAACGUAAAGCCGCGGGAUUCGCCGGCAUCACCACCAGCUUGGCCCAACCUUUCAUUUACAGUCAGGCACGUCGUACAAGAUGCAGGCUUCCAAAUGGGCCCUACGCCGCUUUGGAAUCUCUUGGUGCAAUCAAGACAAGUCAUAUUGUCCAACCAUCCCGUGGACCUGGGGAUUCAGUGGAUCCUUUACGAAGACGGGCAUCACCUGUACCUCGCGAGUAGAAGUCGUGACGAUAUUUUCUUCUCUGGAACACCCAGAUCGGAUCUUUGGGCUGUGGUGACCCUGGUCACGGCCCCGUGUAUCGCGUCGCGCAAGCUGCUCCUUAUUGAUGACACAGACAUAUCAAAUGGAGAUCAUGAGGUCCACCAACCGGUAGUUCCAUUCAGACUGGACCUACACUCUCGUCCACAGAAGUUCGGCUGCGGCAACGUCGAGCUGUCGGCAACCGGUAGCGUCGCAGCGGGAAGAGGACAGCAGCGCCAGAAUGGGCAGUCACAUCGUCUGUUCUGUGAUAGGCAGGCGCAGACGUUGUUGUGGAGAGUUUGCGGCUCCGAUGCCGUCACAACCACAGCCUGUCAACAUCCUACAGGGGCAAAAGCAUAUUUUAUCGGACACAGCUCAGGAUUAUUUCGGCGUGCCGGGCGCAAGGCUCCCGACUCGACUCCCGAGUCCCGAGCCAGCGACGUGCAUACCUUUACAUUUGACAAGGUGCAUAGUGCAAGUCCAGGCCCAGAUCCAAGCGGCGGUCGCAAGGAGCGUGUUAAAGGACAGUUUGACGAGAUAUCUGGGCUCAUUAUGAAGUCAUUUCCCGCCGGCACAGAAGGUCUUAUUGCCAGACCUGGUCGGAAGCUCCAUCUGCACCCCUCGACGGUGGGAGUCAUAUCGAUUAUCGGCCUCGGUUCUCCCCACUGGCGACCAAAUUGUAAAGGGGAUCUGUCAAGACGAUUCGAGUGGGGUGGCAAAGCUUGGGGGAGCAACCCUCAUAACGCUGGACGCAAGACUGGCGUAGAAAUUCUGGGCUUGUUCUUCGCGGCAGACCUUAUCCCGGAAGCCGUGCUCAAUUGGCAAUCUUCUGGCGUUGCUUCCGGACAUCUGAAACUGAACAGGCAGGUCCGACCGGUGCCAGAAUUCGAUGCCCGUUCUCCACCCGUUUGCCUUGAUCUGAUCCCGGCCAGCCAGCCGACUGUUGGCUUCCAAUCUGCCAAUUCUGGUGUAUUCGUGCAUACGAAUAUGGAUGAUGUUGCAACUGGAAGGGACUCCAAGGGCCCCCAAAAUGAUUCGUCCAGGGCCAGUGCCAGAUUCCAGAGCCGGAUGGCGAUGCUCAUCAACAAUCCCUACGUCGUACCCAAAAGACUCCUUGUCUUCAUCUAUCCAGUCCACUAUCCAUCCGCUUCCUCAUCCCCUCCCAUCUAUCGUCCCCUGGAGCUUGAACCCAGCCUUAACAUGGUCCAAGCGCCCUGGUGUACCCUAGCACCUGUCACGAUUUCUGGCGAGCGAAUCGCAUUCCGUUCUCGCAUCCAAGGUCUGGAUGCGAAUUCCCGACGACAGCGAAAUUUGACAUUUCUCAUACAUUGUCUCCCUUCUUCUGACAACGAGCGUCGUGCGGAGAGAAGAAAACUAGAAGAGGAGACAACAGGGCAAGGGGAACUCAGCAUGCAGAGAUUCGUUUCUCUUCCCGAGAGAAACUCCAGAACCUGUCGGAGUGCCAAAGCGGGCGCGGAAUUGUUUCUUCACCACGUUGACCUCGAGUUAUCCGCCUUCUGA